AUGGCUGGAUCUCGCAGGAGUCCGGGGCUGAAAGACGAGUGGAGAGUUACACAAGAUUCCCAAGAUAAUACCACCUCUGCUCGCGAUCGUUUCCCUGGACACGAAAGGGGCAAAAAUAGACACCGCGGGAGACGCCGGCCUAGCGGUCGUGAACGACGUUCGAGGUCACCAUUAUCGUCGCGCUUAGGCCCGCCAUCGGGGGGCGAGGGCAGUGUGGGACAUCGUGCAUCAUCACCUAGACCUUCGGCAUCACGCAGGCCGUCAUUUACAUCCACCCAUUCACUGCCCGUGAGCCGAGACGGACCAAGGUCUCAGGAGGCGCACGACAUAUUACCCGAAAAGUCACACGGACGUGGCGGCACUGACUGGGAAACUUUCCCGCAAGCAAGACGUGGUCGUUCUCCUCGUCGUCAACGUCGAUACCGUAAUCGCAAAAAUCGAAACGCAAACCAGAACCGAGGGCAUCCAAACCAGCAAGGAAAGUCGUCAAGGCGAGAAAGUUACCAAGAGCGAAGCCCCCAAAAUCGUCCUUAUUCGAGCGGAGGACUUGAUCAAGCGUCUCAUUUGUCCUUGUCGCCCGGAAGGCAAGAUUUCCCGCCAGGUUCACCAUCACAGAGGUCAUUCAGUCCGGGAUCCUUGUACGAGGAUCUGAACCAGCGAGGACAGUCUCCUUAUUCUGUUGGGUCAAGAAUCGCCAGGCGUUCGCCAUCGAUCCCGCCAAAUCUAGACAACAGAGUUGGCUCGAACUAUCAUAUUUCUGCUACAACAGACUCACGGGAUUCGCCGUCGACAGCUCGGCCGACUGCUGAGGCUCGUAACGACAACAGUGGCAACAAUCACGUUUCUGAGUCAUUACCUAGGCACGGGAAAAUGAAUCCGGCACAGGACUUUGAUAUGCGAGAUGCUCCGACAGGACCACGGGCGGACAGACAAAAUGCUUCUCAAUACGGAGCCAAUCACGCGCCAUAUGCAAAUAGCAGAGGAGGUCGCAACAGGCAAAUAGGGAAUGAUCAAGAUCCGUAUCACCAAGAUCCAGACCACGGUUCCAACAAUAUGCCGUUAAAUAAUGCAAGUGCUCCUCAACGCGGAGGCUAUCAUCGAGGAGGCUAUCAAGAUCGUCGUUUCUCCGGCCAUGGCCCUUCCGGCUUCAAUGGUUCCGGUGCACACCGAGACAGAGGCCACUUUAAUAGUUCCCAAUGGAUCCCAACAGGGCCCCGAGACCGAGAAGGACUGAACAAUUCUCCCAAAUUUCCCAGCCGUUCGGGUUCAAAUACACCACAAUACCAAACUUCCCAAUUCAACGAGCAGUCAUUAUCCGAUAUCCACCAUGACGAUAAUUCCAGGUAUCCAGGUGAUGGGAACAUGGAAGACGUGCAAGCUAAGCCGAAUGCGGAACUUGAAGAUGCUCAGAAUAUGCCGCCACCUCCUCGAGAACCUGGGUCUUCGACAACUCCAGCAAAGGAAGGCGGUAAAUUCAGCUUUGCUUUCAAAUCAAAAGCGAAUCCUCCACCUGCUGCAAAGCCUGUUCCCGAUUUGGCACAAAGAAUGCAAGUUCGCGAACCACCGCGUGGGCCAGCUAUGCGAACUCCUGAACAACCAUCUCGCAAUAGAAUGUCUGGACCACUGCCACCGCCAAAGUACAAACAAGAUCAUCGACCGGACAGAAGAGAUCGGGAUCGAGAUGCACACCGUGGUGGCCGAGGCAGAGACGAUCGAAGAGAUUUCCAUUCGAAAAAUCCGCGUGAUUCAAGGAGGGACGACCAUCGAUUUGACUCUCGCGAUCCCCGACGGCGCGAUGAUCAACGACCCGACUUUAGACAUGAUCGUGACCGUGACCAUCGCCGGGACAGGUCUCCAGAACCGAAGAGGCAAAAAAGGCUUGUCCAACGCCUCAAACCUCGACAAAUUUUGUCAGAAGAGUUUCGAGAUUCGGACUCGGUAUACUUUCGCAAACCUGGCGACGAAUCCGUUAUUGGUGCCGGCACCUAUGGAAAAGUUUUCAAAGCAAUACAUAUAUAUACACAGGAUAAAGUUGCUCUGAAAAGAAUACGAAUGGAGGGAGAAAAGGAUGGCUUUCCUGUUACUGCAGUGAGAGAAAUUAAAUUACUGCAACAUCUGCGACACAACAACGUGGUCAGCCUAUUAGAGGUCAUGGUGGAAAAGAAUGAAUGUUUUAUGGUAUUCGAAUAUUUAUCUCAUGAUCUGACUGGCUUGAUCAACCAUCCUACUUUCACACUUACGGAGGCACACAAAAAGGAUCUCGCCAAGCAGAUGUUUGAUGGUCUUCAGUACCUCCAUCAUCGCGGUGUCCUUCACAGAGACAUCAAAGCGGCCAACAUUCUGAUCAGCAAUCGAGGCCAGCUGAAAUAUGCGGACUUUGGUUUGGCACGUUUCUUUUCCAAAAGUCGUCAGCUAGACUACACGAAUCGUGUUAUUACGAUAUGGUAUAGACCUCCAGAGCUUCUUCUAGGAGACACCCGAUACGGACCAGCGGUUGAUAUUUGGAGCGCCGCGUGUGUCUUUAUGGAGAUGUUCACGAGGAAGGCAGUUUUCCCAGGAGACGGAAAAGAGCUCAGCCAACUUGAUAAACUCUAUAGCAGCCUUGGAACGCCAACCCGAGCCGAAUGGCCUGGCAUUGUUGACAUGCCUUGGGUGGAGUUAAUGGGACCGACAGAGAGAAAGAAAAGAGUCUUUGAAGAUACGUAUCGAGACUUUUUGAGUCCAGGUGCACUCGAUUUGGUGUGCCAGAUCUUUCAGUAUGAUCCUGCCAAACGACCGACGGCGGAUGAAGUACUUGCUCAUACAUACUUUACUGCUGAAGAACCCGGUCCACAACAGGCUACUGAACUCGAGAAUAUCGAGGGUGACUGGCACGAAUUUGAAUCGAAAGCGCUGCGCAAGGAAAGAGAUCGAGAAGCCCGUGAGGCUCGCAAAGACAGGGAAAGGGAGAGAGAGAAAGAGAAGAGAAGAGCAAGCACUGGACCUCCUCAGGAGACGGAGCGCGAUGUGAAGCGACAACGUCAAGAGGGCGAUACUUAUCGCACGUCGGUUGCAGUUUCGUCCAUUGCCACUUUAGGCAAGUGGGACACAGGCACAUCACUGCGGGAUUCGCAAACAGAACGCCAUCACGAUAAGAUCAACAAGAGCUUCACUCUCUUUAUUCUUUGUUCGAAAAGUGUAGGUUCUUGUCUAGAGAUUCAGUUCCAUAUCUUAUCGGGAGCCCUGUGA